CCUGCCCUGCCUUAACACCAGCUUCAGUCUUUCUCAUUGAGGGCAGAAUCUCUACCCAGUAAAAGGAAGUUGUGAGGGGAAAUACCAUCUCUCUGAUAUAUCACUCUAAGAAACGCAGAGAGGCUCGCCAUAACCUUCGGGACGGCGACAAAAGAACAUCUCAAACACACAACCUCGCCCUUUGGCUCUUAACCCAGAAGGAGCAGAAGGACUUUUCUUCAGCGAGUGAGUACGUUAAGUUGUGAAAAUAAAUCCACAACUUUUGGAGACCCAAGAACACUAUCCAAUCUCUCACUGGUGUGUUUUGCAAGCAUCACUGCCUGGAGACUUCUACAAGGGGGCAAUUGAACUGUCUCUGUCCCCCUGCCUGCCGUGUACCUUCUGGCCUGAGGCCUCAUUCAGCCCCAUCUGGGGAGCUGGGAGGCUCCCAGGUCUCACUGAAUUAUUGGCUCUCAUCCCUUGGCCCACACGCCUGGAGGAAUGGGCCACAUGCAGAAGACAGGAGCCCCACUGCUCCGAUGGCUACAGCUCAAGCUCUUUCUGCUCUCAGUGCUGGCUGGUCUUUCACAUUUGUCUUUAGGUAUUAGCCAAGUGACCAAGUCAGUGAAAGAGAUGGCAGCACUAUCCUGUGAUUAUAACAUUUCUGUUAGUGAACUGGUGAAUAUGAGGAUUUACUGGCAAAAGGACCAACAGAUGGUACUGAGCAUCAUCUCUGAGCAAGUAACAGUGUGGCCUGAGUACAAGAACCGGACCUUCCCCGACAUCAUCAACAACCUGUCCCUCAUGAUCCUAGCACUACGCCUGUCGGACAAGGGCACCUACACCUGUGUUGUUCAGAAGAGUGAGAAUGGGGUUUUUGAAGUGGUACACCUGACUUCAGUGACGCUACUGAUCAGAGCUGACUUUUCCAGUCCUAGCAUAGUUGACGUUGGAGAUCCAGUCCCUGACAUCAAAAGGUUAAGAUGCUCGGCCUCUGGAGGCUUUCCAGAGCCUCACCUCUCCUGGUGGGAAGAUGGAGAAUUAAGCGCUGUCAACACCACUGUUUCCCAAGAUUUGGACACUGCUCUCUACUCGAUUAGCAGUGAACUGGAAUUCAAUGUAACGAAAAACCACAGCAUCAUGUGUCUCAUCAAGUACGGAGACUCCAGGGUGUCCCAGACCUUCACAUGGCACAAACCGAAGCCACAGCCGCCCGUUCAUGAGUAUCCACUGUGGACCAUUAUCCUGGGAAGCAUGGUUUUCAUUGCUGCAGUAAUCAUCUUCCUGAUCUACAGACUAGUUCCAAGGCGGGAAAGAACAAGAAAGAAUGAGGAAACCGGGGAAACACAAAGGCUGUCCCCCAUCUACAUAGGAGCUGCACAAGCCUCAGGCUGAGCCAAAGAGCUGAAGGUCCCACCUCCAUUUGCAACUGACCUCUUCCAAGGACUUCAUCAGAUGGCCAGGACUGCUGCCUUGCCCUUCAUGGAGCUUUCCUUCAGAGACUCUGUAGAAAAGUGUCUAGAGGAAUAUUGUGAGCACAGAAGUAGCUCUGGCGACCCUGAACCUGAACACGGGACUAAGAAACAAAAGGAUUCUUUAGACCCAGAAGGGGAAGUUAGAGGAUACUUAGUCUCAGUAAUGACAAGGAUGCUGUGACUCAGGGAGGGGAAUGGAACUCUCAAGGUCAGAGCUCCUUGUUCUGGUGCUCUUUCAUCUGUUUGAGCUGAGGACAGAAAGAGUGCUUUGUACACAUAUAUAUAUACAUGUCAGUGAAGUGCAUCUCCUAACAGAAUCCAUGCACAACCAGGCCUGAUUUCCUGAUGCAAAACCAGAGAAAGAUUUAAUGUUGGUUUUUUUCUUAACAGUUGAAUGCAACCUUCAGGAAAACAUUUUGAUAUCUAUCUCUAAAUGAGGACAGUGGAAGUACCACUGGCCUCAUUGUGUUCUCUGUUGUUCUCCCACUUCCCAUCCAAGUUCAGGCUCAAGUAGGACUCUCCAUACAGGAUUUUCUUGGACAUAUAAGAUGAAUAUCCUCUCAUACCUGAGUAACAGGAUGGAGAGGAACAGUCUGAAAACGUACAAUCUACUGGUUCAUAUUGGACUGAUACUCUCUUUAAAUGGCUUUAUGCUAGUUUUGAGCUAACUUGUAAAAUAUUUAUGAAAAAGUUCUCAUUCAAAAUGAGGUGUGUUUUUUUUUAACUGCAUAUGUACUAAGCAGUAAGCUACCUUCAGAGAAAAUGACAGAAGGGAUAAAAAUGUACUGAGUGCUCCCUCAGAUCCUGCAAGUUGCUUUUCCUCCUUCCUAGUUCUGGAUGCUUGACGUCAACAGAGACAAAGGAGUGGUCAUCUGCGGUGACCACUUGUUACUCCUGACUCCUCUUUCUCUGAAAAUGCCUUUCAUGACCCAACAUACCACCCAUGGACCCAACUCAAAUUGGGGAAAUCACAUGUUAUCUGAAAAUGUAGAACCGGAUAGCAAGAGAUGAUGGAGUUUCACAACUGAGGCUGAGCUGAAACCGUUUAAUUUUGGUAGCUAAAAACAGACCAGAUGCUACUACAUAACAUCAGAAACACAGCAACACUUUUUCAACGGGUGCUCUCAAAACUAGAUCUCUGAAGGAAAUAAAGGGAGUAGACUGACAAGGACUUAGCAGUAAAGACACAAGAACAGAACAUUUAGACGUAAUGAGACCUCAGAAACAUGAAUUAGGAUCAACUGAGGGAACUGUAAUAUCAAAUAAAUUAUAUUAAGUUAUUACAUUCAAUAAAGGUGUUUUUCAAUUACACCUUACCUUUAUUACUAAUAUGUUUGUGACAUGAAUAAAAU